AAUUUAUUGAUACUUUCAAUAAUAAAACUAGCUCAAGUUAUUUAAUUGUAGUUGAAAAUACAGCCUUAGAAGUAGUAUAUUUAUUACCAAAUUUAUCAGAUAAUAAUCAAUUACAUGAAGAUAAAACUUUAAAUGAUAAUGAAAAUUUUAAUAAUAAAAUUUUAGAUGAAGACAAAGAUAUGAUACAAUAA